UGGGAGAGCCGGGACAUGGGUUCCAGUGGUGGUUCCACCGCUUCCUUGCUUCGCGCUGUCUGUCAUAAGCUGGCAUCAGCCCGCCUUUCCUUUUAAGAACUGGACGCUUUCCGGCCCCCUUCCAUACUGUAGAGGCUUUGACGCUUUUCAGAAAGAAGGCUUCUUAUCUAAAACUUGCUAGGGCCAGGCUGACCAAAGGGGUCGGUGUCAUACCCCUCCCUUGCGUCUGGAGCAGAUCUGACUGUCUGAAGGACGAAGGAGCAGUCUAGAACAAGUCUUGCAGUGUUAGGUGUUUCCUCUGGGUACUCAGUCUGUGAAAAUCAGAGACCAGGCCAGCCUUCUGUUGGGUCUGAAGGGAGGCUAAUCAGAACCCAGGAUGUGAGUCCAGGGCCUUGCCAUCUCACUAGAGCUCCACAUCGGUGCCCUGCCAGGUGCAGGGGUGGAGCCUCAUUCAUUGUGAGCUUAACUCACUCAACAUUGAGGCCAUCUGGGGACAGGGGAACUGAAGCAAAGAUUCCAUACCACAGGAGUUCUUGAUCAGAAUGGCUUCAGGACGGUUUUACCUGUUCUGCAUGGUCCUGGGGUCCUUGGGAUCCUUGUGCAUCCUCUUCACCACCUAUUGGAUGCAGUAUUGGCGUGGCGGCUUUGCCUGGGAUGGCAGUGUGCACAUGUUCAACUGGCACCCUGUGCUCAUGGUCUCUGGCAUGGUGGUGCUCUAUGGAGCUGCCUCGCUGGUGUACCGCCUGCCCAUGUCAUGGGUAGGGCCUAAACUGCCCUGGAAAGUUCUCCAUGCAGCACUGCACCUGCUGGCCUUCACCUUCACCGUUGUGGGGUUGGUUGCCGUCUUUCAGUUCCACAAUGAUUCAAAAAUCACACACCUCUAUUCCCUGCAUAGCUGGCUGGGCAUCAUCACUGUCAUCUUCUUCGCCUGUCAGUGGUCCCUGGGCUUUGCCAUCUUUCUCCUGCCCUGGGCACCUCAGUGGCUGCGAAGCCUCCUGAAACCUGUGCACGUCUGCUUUGGAGCCUGCAUCCUUUCCCUGUCCAUCACAUCUGUUAUUUCCGGCAUCAAUGAGAAGCUUAUCUUUGUUUUGAAAAAUGGCACCAAACCCUAUUCCAGCCUGCCUAGUGAGGCAGUCUUUGCCAACAGCACUGGGAUCUUGGUGGUGGCUUUUGGCCUACUGGUUCUCUAUGUUCUUCUGGCUUCACCAUGGAAACGUCCAGAUCCAGGAGCUCUGACUGACAGACAGCCCCUGUUGCAUGACAGGGAGUGAAGCGGGCAGGGGCUCCCAGGAACAGUCGGUGGUGCAGUCUCUGCUCCCUCAGAAGCGCUUCUGUACUUGGAGCUCCUGGCUCAUUUCAGCAACCAACUUCUCUUGGGCCAGAGACAAACUUGCUACUCCAGUUCCUGGCUUGCUCUCUCCAGCUGCUUGCUGUCAAUCUGCUUUUCUCCAUGGCUUUGACUUGGCAUUUUUCAAGGGCCUCCUUGCCUUGGUCAUUCAUGUCUCUUCUGCAGGUCUGAAGAACGGGCUGCUUUCUCCUCACCACUCCUAGGGAUGUGGUAGAAGCCAAAGCAGAGGCUCAAAUGUAGAAAGGCAAGGUAGAAAGUCUGCUGUCUGUGGGAGCAUUUGUGUCCAUUAGGCAGGCUUCCUUUGCUCUGCCCUGGGUGUGGAUUUGGGUGGGCAGAGAUGCUGGGAGGUCUUAAUAGGACAGCAGCAGCAGGAAAAGGCUUUGCAGGAGUCAGGUGCUGGUCACUCUGAGCUGCUCUGUUCACUUUGAUAUACUGUGUUGUGUGUAUUGUGACUAUGUGGCUCCCCCUCUUCUAGUUGCUGCUUCAGCUGCUGCCUGGAUCCCGCCCUUUCCCUGUGACUUACAUGCCUGUCCCCCUCAGGCAACCCUAUGAGCCCUGGUAAACUGUUCUCCCAUGAACAGAGAACCUGACCCUAGAGUCCCAAGUGAUGAGUAACAGAGGUUUCUGUGACCUUCCUUUCUGUCCCCUUGUGGGUAUGGGCUUUCCUGCCUCCUCUAGUGAUGCUCUUCCCUGACAGGGUCCAGCCCACUAUGAGAUUGAAACCAGCAUUAUGACGAAAUUUGCUGGGCAGAGUUCAGGGAGCCACUGCUGACUUCAGAGCCCCCGCCCCCCACAAGGCCACCCACUCUCCCUGCAUGGUAUGCCAGAGUGUGAGCUUUGCUCUUCUCCUGAAUAGAAACUGGGUAGAAGGGAGGAAUCUUGCCCCUCUGCUUUGUAUUAGCCUGUGGCACUUCAUACCUUCUCAGAUAAGCCCUGCAAGGUCCCUGCAGACUGCUGUACUUAGCAGACCAGUAGGAGGAGUUGGGUUCCUGACUCCCUGCAGAUAGUGAUCAGGCUGAACUUCAACCCUGUUGCCAGAAGUUGGCAGGAGGGCUGCCAUGGACUUCCUGACUAAAUGAAGCCUGCGCACCAUUGAUACUGCGGGGCACCUUGGACAUGACCAGUUACCCUGUUUUACUCACGAGUGGGUAUUCUACUCUUCAUGAAUCUGAUUUUUAUUAAAUGUGUUUUUAAACACUAAA